CUUUUUCUGUUAUUUAUAAUUUCCUUUUUUUAAAAAAUUCAUUUCGCAUUUUGUACUCUAUUAAUAACCAUUCAACCAUGCUGCUCAGCGAGACGGUCACUGACGCAAACGUUAAGCAAUACGCAAUCGAGCGGCUGGCCAAGCUGCUGCGGCACCCCGACGAUUUAGUAUACAAGGCCGACGACGUGCGGCGGAAGCUGGCCCAGGAGAAGCUUCUAAUUGACGCACAGCUGAGCACUGACGUGCGGCGGCAAUUCGACGAUGUGCAGGAGGGAAUUGAGCUGCUCUACACAACCAAGGGCCAAAUUGGGCGCGUCAAAACAGACAUGCAGCAGGUCGACCACCUGUGCAACCAGGCCCAGAGCUACCUGACCAACUUUGACCGCAUCCAAAAAAUAUCCAUCGCCAACCGCAACUUUGUGCGCGUCAACGAGUUCUACCGUCAGUUCAGCGAGUUUCACGAGCAAUACACGCUUGUGCGCCAAAUGCUCGCUGACGCGCAGACAAACUUUGAGCAGGCCGAUUUUAACCUGCUGCGCCUGCACUAUUUCCUGUACAAGCUGGAGGACUUUCGUAACCGCGCGUUGGGCUUCUCGGGCGUUAACGACGCCGACUCAGUGCAGACAUUGCUGCAGAUGUUUGGCGGCCUGGACAGCCUCGUAGCGAGUUCGAGACCUUUCUUUGGCAUGUUGCCGGAAGCAUCUACGACCUGGCCCUGCCUGCUCAAGGUCAUCGAGGUCGAGGAGGCCGCCGACCGCGCGCAGGAGCGCGAGACAGAGGGCGCCGGCUUAGCCCGCCGCCAGUCGCUGAUCAGCGGGUCGGACCGCCUGUCCAUGGACUCGUCGAACAUGGGACGCGGCCCCAAGAAGGAGCGCCGGAUCAAAAAGUACAAGCAGAAGCUGCUCGACCUGAUGCACGACUUUAUAUUCAAGCGCGUGUCCGAUUUCGUCAAGCAGGACGCCGACGGGCUGGACGGCAUCACCGAGGUCACCGGCUUCAUCGUCGACGAGCUCACGUUUGUCGCUGAGGCUGUGGCGCCGGCAUUCCCGCCCAACUACUUUAUCUUUGACGAGUUUGUCAACGAGUACCACCAGGCGGUGGUCGCAACCACAAACGAGCUAAUCUCAGGCGACCUCGAGGGCGGCUCGAUCCUGAUGCUGCUGCGCUGGGUGCGCGAGUACUACACGGCCAUGCGCAAGGAGCUGAGCAUCCAGAAGGACAGGCUCAAGCCUGCCCUGCUCGAGGGCCGUGAGGACCAGCUGGCGCAGGAGUACCUGGACAUUGCCGUGCGCAAAAUCCGCGAGUGGAUCACCAACCUGAUGCGCUCCGAGGCCGAGACGUUCACCAGCCGCGUGGACGCGCCCAGCAUGGGCGAGGACGGCCUGUACGUCACCAACGGCUCAGUGUUUCUAUUCGAGAUUGUCAACCAGAACCUUGAUGUCGUCAUACAGGCGCAGCGGGCCAAGCUGCUCUGCGACCUGCGAGAAGCCAAGCAGAUAGAGACGCCCGAGAACGUGGCUGAGGGCCUGGUUGACUACACAAUGGCGCUGGCCAACGAGCAGAUCCGGUCAGUCGUGCAGGCCGAGACCAUCCGUGAUGAACCGGCGACCGGCUUUCGCGCUCGCACCAGGAGCGUUCAAGGCGGAGCUCUCGCAGACCAUGGACAUCUUCAUGAACGUAGCCGAGGCGGCCACGCAGACCCUGGCCGACAUUGUGUUCUCCGACCUGCGGCCAAUCACAUCGGCGCUGUACACGCCGACUGGUACCAGGACGACCUGCUGCAGCCGGUCAUCGAGACGCUCAAGGAUUACUGCCAGGACUUCCAGGACCACCUUGACAACUACAUAGACGCGGUGGCCGGCAAGGUCAAGUUUUACAAGGGCCAGACCAGCGAGAAGCUGACCCUUGAGCUGCACAGGGCGACAAAGUUCUUCAAGCAGCACAUGGAUGGCAGCGCAGUUGCCGAGACGUUAAACGUCGUGCGCAUCCUCAUUUCGCUAAUCGACUCGACGCCGACGAUGAUAUUCCUCGAGUUCUUCUCGGUCAAGAAGCAGUACCCGGAUUUGCCGCUGGCGCUGGUCGAGGACAUUCUGACCAAACGCGACGACCUGGAGAAGCAGCAGCUGAAGAGCAUCCUCGAGUCGCUGCGCCAAAAGUCAAAGGGCGACACUGGAUCGUCGCUGGCCAAGCAGCGUACGCUAUUUUCGAAGCUCAAGAGCUACCCUCCUUUGGGCAGCGUCGCGCAGAACCGCUUUUUCUGA